AUGAUCAAUCUUAAAACAUUGAAAUGGUGCAAUCAUUUUUGGCAAAUGUUACGAAAACAAAAAAAUUUUUAUCCACCAAAAAAUCCCUAUUCAAUUUACGAUAAUAAUAAUCAUUUUGGAAUCUAUGAUCGUUAUAUUCCCUAUGAUUAUAAUCUGCCUGAAUACAUAGAACAUGUUCAAGGAUUAUAUCCAAACAUUAUAAAUUUAGCUGUUGAUGCUAUUAUUUCGGUGAAUGCAACUUGUGGUGAAACUGGUCCAGAAUAUUAUUGUCUUUUAGUUUCACAUAACAUAAAUAGUACCGAUUGUAAUGUUUGUGAUGCAUCAAAUCCAGAUUAUUCAAAACGACAUCCGAUUAAAAAUGCAAUCGAUGGUACGGAAAAUUGGUGGCAAAGUCCAAACAAGUUUAUGAAAUUGCCUAUGUAA